AUGGCUUCUCUUCGUCUUAUUAUCGAGGAUGGCCAGUUUCAAGACGCGCAUGGCCGACACGUCUUGCUACGCGGCAUCAAUGUAGCGGGCGAUGCCAAACUUCCUAGCCAACCCAACGUGCCCUCCCACGUCGCCCACGACUUCUUUGACGGCGACAAUGUCAAAUUUCACAGCCGGCCUUUCCCCAAGGAAGACGCGCAUGUGCACUUCUCCCGCUUAAAACGCUUUGGCUACAACACUAUCCGCUACGUAUUCACCUGGGAGGCGAUCGAGGCUGCCGGACCCGGGAGGUACGACGAGGUCUGGAUCCAGCACACGAUCGACGUCUUAAGGGUAGCCAAAGAAUAUGGCUUCUAUGUAUUCAUGGACCCUCAUCAGGAUGUGUGGUCGAGAUAUUGUGGCGGAUCUGGCGCUCCCAUGUGGACCAUUUACGCCUGCGGGUUGAAUCCCCAGAGCUUCGCGGCUACUGAGGCUGCUAUAGUGCACAAUACGUAUCCCGAUCCCGAGAACUUCCCGAAGAUGAUUUGGUCCACCAACUAUCUGCGGUUAGCCGCAGCAACCAUAUUCACGCUCUUCUUCGCCGGUCGAGAUUUUGCCCCGAAGUGCAUAAUAGACGGAGUCAAUAUACAGGACUAUCUGCAAGGACACUUCGUGCGUGCCUGUCAGCACCUCGCGAAACGCAUACACGAGGCGGGCGGUAUCGAGAAUGACGUCGUCUUUGGGUGGGAGAGCCUGAACGAACCAAAUAGGGGCAUGAUCGGGCACGUGGAUCUGAGCGUGAUCCCGAGCGAACAACAGCUCAAGAAGGGCACCUGCCCUACGCUGUGGCAAACUAUGCUGACGGGCUCUGGACGAGCAUGCGAAGUCGACACCUGGGAUAUGGGAGGUAUGGGCCCGUACAAGGUCGGACGCACGCUGAUCGACCCCCAAGGCGAGGUUGCGUGGCUGCCGGCACACUACGACGACACCCGAUACGGAUGGAAGCGGGAUCCGGGUUGGAGGUUGGGAGAGUGUCUCUGGGCACAGCAUGGGGUGUGGGACCCUGCUCGGGAUGUACUCCUGCAGAAAAAUUACUUCGAGAAGCAUCCGGCCACGGGUGAUAAGCUGGACUACCACAAGUUUACGAAUACCUACUUCAUGGCAUUCUAUCGUAAGUACCGGGAUGCCAUCCGGUCCAUACAUAAGGAUGCCAUUAUGCUCUGCCAGCCGCCCACCUUGGAGCUGCCCCCGAGUAUCAAAGGGACCGACGACGACGACCCGAAAAUGGUCUACGCGCCGCACUACUAUGACGGAAUCACCCUCAUGACUAAAAAAUGGAAUAGGACUUGGAACGUCGACAUAUUCGGGGUUCUGCGAGGUCGGUACUGGCACCCGGCAUUCGCUAUCAAGAUCGGCGAGACGGCCAUCCGAAACAGCUUCAAGGAGCAGCUAGCGGCUAUAAGGAAAGAGGGCCAGGACUACAUGGGGAACCACCCCUGUAUACUGACCGAGUUCGGCAUUCCGUACGACAUGGACGACAAAAACGCGUACAAGACGGGCGAUUAUUCGAGCCAAUCCGCGGCCAUGGAUGCCAAUCAUUUCGCCGUCGAGGGCUCACUCAUGGAAGGUUAUACGCUGUGGUUAUACGCUGCGACGAACGAUCACGAGCGAGGCGACCAGUGGAACGGCGAAGAUUUAUCUAUCUUCUCGACGGACGACCCGACAUUGCCUGUCUCAGCCAUCCCGCGAACCUCAGACUCGACAUCAAGCCUCACCAAGACGGCGACCGUGCGUAGUAGUGUUAGGAGAGAGGUAGAUGACGAGAUCUCGGUCACGCCUGGAAACUUGAAGCGGACCCUCACUAACCCUUCGAUCUCGCUGCAGUCGACUAGCACCAACCCCGAACUUACUAACGCGCCCGGCUACCGGGCAGCGGAGGCGUACGUGCGCCCCGCGCCGAUAGUGACCAACGGGCGUAUCGCGGACUAUGUCUUCAACCUCAAGAACUGCGAGUUCACGCUGAACAUCGAGGAAGCUAGGGGCGACAGCGACCACCCGACGACGGUGUUCCUGCCCGAGUACCACUUCCCCGCGGACCAAUGCGCAGUGGCAGUCAGCUCGGGCAAGUGGGAGAUCAGCACGGACGAUGAGGAGCGCGCCUGGAUCCAGAAGCUCCGGUGGUGGCACGGCGACGGGAAGCAGAGCCUCAAGAUCACAGGCCUGAUACGACUGCACAACACCCUGAACGGCACGGUGGAGGAGCUCGGUUACCUCGACCAGUGUCAGUACUCAUACGGCUUCGACGCCAAGAACUGCACCGUGAUGUGA